AUGAACGGCCGCCGCCGUCGCAAUGCGCAAUGCGGCCACCCUGCCGGGCGCAUUGCGACGAUCCGCCACCGUGAUGCGCUAACCCGCCGCUCUCAUACGCUCUCAUUCCCUCUCACCCACUCUCAUACGCUCUCAUUCCCUCUCACCCACUCUCUCACGCUCUCAUUCCCUCUCACCCACUCUCAUACGCUCUCAUUCCCUCUCACCCACUCUCAUACCCUCUCAUUCCCUCUCACCCACACUCGUACGCUCUCAUUCCCUCUCACCCACACUCAUACGCUCUCAUUCCCUCUCACCCACUCUCAUACGCUCUCAUUCCCUCUCACCCACUCUCAUACGCUCUCAUUCCCUCUCACCCACUCUCAUACGCUCUCAUUCCCUCUCACCCACUCUCAUACGCUCUCAUUCCCUCUCACCCACUCUCAUACGCUCUCAUUCCCUCUCACCCACUCUCUCACGCUCUCAUUCCCUCUCACCCACUCUCAUACCCUCUCAUUCCCUCUCACCCACACUCAUACGCUCUCAUUCCCUCUCACCCACACUCAUACGCUCUCAUUCCCUCUCACCCACUCUCACACGCUCUCAUUCCCUCUAACCCACUCUCAUACGCUCUCAUUCCCUCUCACCCACUCUCAUACGCUCUCAUUCCCUCUCACCCACUCUAAUACUCUCUCAUACGCUCUCAUCCACACUCAUACGCUCUCAUUCCCUCUCACCCACUCUCAUACUCUCUCAUUCCCUCUCACCCACUCUCAUACUCUCUCAUACACUCUCAUCCACUCUCAUCCACUCUCAUACGCUCUCAAUCCCUCCCAUCCCCUCUCAUCCCCUCUCAUCCCCUCUCACACACUCUCAUUCCCUCUCACCCACUCUCAAAUGCUCUCAUUCCCUCUCACCCACUCUCAUACGCUCUCAUUCCCUCUCACCCACUCUCAUACGCUCUCAUUCCCUCUCACCCACUCUCUCACGCUCUCAUUCCCUCUCACCCACUCUCAUACGCUCUCAUUCCCUCUCACCCACUCUCAUACUCUCUCAUUCCCUCUCACCCACACUCAUACGCUCUCAUUCCCUCUCACCCACUCUCAUACGCUCUCAUUCCAUCUAACCCACUCUCAUACGCUCUCAUUCCCUCUCACCCACACUCAUACGCUCUCAUUCCCUCUCACCCACUCUCAUACGCUCUCAUUCCCUCUCACCCACUCUCAUACGCUCUCAUUCCCUCUCACCCGCUCUCAUACUCUCUCAUUCCCUCUCACCCACUCUCAUACUCUCUCAUACGCUCUCAUCCACUCUCAUCCACUCCCAUACGCUCUGAACCCCUCCCAUCCCCUCUCAUCCCCUCUCAUCCCCUCUCACACACUCUCAUUCCCUCUCACCCACUCUCAAAUGCUCUCAUUCCCUCUCUCACCCACUCUCAUACGCUCUCAUUCCCUCUCACCCACUCUCUCACGCUCUCAUUCCCUCUCACCCACUCUCAUACGCUCUCAUUCCCUCUCACCCACUCUCAUACUCUCUCAUUCCCUCUCACCCACACUCAUACGCUCUCAUUCCCUCUCACCCACUCUCAUACGCUCUCAUUCCAUCUAA